AUGCGUCCACCUAACAGUGCCCUUGAGUCAAAAACGGGGGCUCAUGAGAAACGAAUGGGGAAUGUCUUCCCACACCCCAGUCCCAUCUCCACGAAAGCUCCUGGCUUUCGCAGUGUGGAGGCUUCCGCACAUGAAGACAAUUCACAGAUAUCCACAACUGCUCAAAAUGCAGAGAACCAGUGGCCACGGGGACCCAACCCCAGCUGGUUCAUCCACAAAGCGACCCCUUCAUCUAAGGAGGGGCCAGAACGAUUGAAAGUACCCGGACACCAGCUACGCCUUCGACUUAAUGGGGAAAGGUGGGAGAGGAGGGCUCCUUCGGCGUGCAUGCGUAGCUUCCACAACAUCCUGGCCCUUUAUCUGAAGCUUUCGGGAAUCAGGAAGACGAUGCAGCGCCGGAGAGCUGAAAAUGUCUGUGUGCCAUUUAGCAGUCCACCAGAGCAACCCACUAGUCAUCAGCGCGGGGGCUGCUUUCUUCUAUGCCUGUCGCCGCUGCUGGGCUGCUGGGCAGAAUUGGGCAGCGGGUUGGAGUUCCCGGGUGCCGAGGGCCAGUGGACAUGCUUCCCCAAGUGGAACGCCUGCUGUGAGAGCGAGAUGAGCUUCCAGCUGAAGACAUGCAGCGCCCGGGGCCUCGUGCUCUACUUCGACGACGAGGGUUUCUGCGACUUCCUGGAGCUCAUCCUGACUCGGGGUGGCCGCCUGCAGCUCAGCUUCUCCAUCUUCUGCGCCGAGCCUGCCACGCUGCUGGCGGACACAUCAGUCAACGACGGCGUGUGGCACAAUGUGCGCAUCCGUCGCCAGUUCCGCAACACCACGCUCUACAUCGACCAGGCCGAGGCCAAGUGGGUGGAGGUCAAGUCCAAGCGCAGGGACAUGACGGUGUUCAGCGGGCUCUUCGUGGGCGGCCUGCCCCCGGAACUGCGAGCUGCAGCGCUCAAGCUCACCCUGGCCUCGGUGAGGGAACUCGAGCCCUUCAAGGGCUGGAUCCGUAAUGUAAAACCGCACUCUUCCGACCAUGCCUUCUCAUUUCAGUUUGGGUCAACCCAUACAAGUUAG